AUGAUCAGACAUUUGUCCUCUCGUUUGCCUAAUGUUGCAGUGCGGUACAAAAGGAAUUUAUCGCCAUUGUACUCUCCUCUCUACCAAUUCCAUAUAAACAGCUAUCAAAACAGUCUGACCCCAGAAACCAUUUAUGAGAAACUUUUCAACGUUUUGAAACAUACCCAAACUCGUGAUUUGACCUUCAACUUCAAGCAGAUUACCAAUAAAUUUAGCCCUCCGUUCUACACACUUUUAGUCCAAAGAUGCUUCUCAGAAAGCAUAAUCACAAAAAACUUGCACAAGAUUUUCUUUUCAUUUCCACCAGCCCAAGUCCAGAUUUCCGAAUCAGCGAAAGUCAAAAAGAACCACAAUAACAUCCAAGGAACCAAAAACUCCAUAUUACAGCUAUAUAGAGAAUUGAAUUACGAGAAAAAUGGAGAGUUUUUUGAAAAGGAAGAAACUCUAAUGAGAGACCUCAAUAAUGUUUUUUCAAAGAGUGAGCCAGCUGUUGAUGAAUUGAUUGUCGCAAUAGUGUCAGGAAAACAAUACUCGGAAUUAAACAAGUCCACCCUAGAGAUCACUUGUCAAAAUGCUUUCUUUUCCGCAGAAAUGAACAUGAGUACAAGUACACACCAUACUAAUAUGUGA